AAAUUCCCCUAUAAAGAGUCAUCAUUUCUAGGGCCAAUCACAUUGAACAUCGCUACAUAACAUAAUAAAUAAAGAAUCUUGUUUUUCGGGUCUCCUUUUCCAAGUCUUUUUGUAGUAUAGUAGUACACAUAAUUCUUUACAAUGAUGAAUGUUUUGUGGGUUUUUGUUAUCAGCUUGUUGGGGUUCACAGCAAAAGCUUGUUCCCAACCACAACAGCAGCAGCAACAAGUGCCAUGUUUCUUCAUAUUUGGUGAUUCUUUGGUUGACAAUGGAAAUAACAAUGGUUUGCUAACAUUGGCUAGGGCUAAUUACAUGCCUUAUGGCCUUGAUUUCCCUCAGGCUGCCAAUGGGAGGUUUACUAAUGGUCGUACUUUCGUCGACAUUUUAGCUCAACUUCUGGGAUUCCAAAGCUAUAUUCCACCGUUUGCAAGGGCUCGUGGAAGGCAAUUACUUCAGGGAGCAAACUUUGCAUCUGGCGCAUCCGGAAUCCGAGAUGAAACAGGAAACAACUUGGGGGAUCACACACCAAUGAACCAACAAGUUGAGAAAUUCGGUACAACAGUGGACAUCUUGAGAAGGAUAUUCAGAGAUGACAAUGUGGCACUUGGGAAUUAUCUAAACAAAUGCAUAUUCUAUUCUGGAAUGGGAAGCAAUGACUAUCUCAACAAUUACUUCAUGACUGAUUUCUAUUCAACCAAAUCUUCUUUCACUCCCAAAGCUUAUGCAGAUUCACUCAUUCAGGACUAUACAAAGCAACUCACGGGUUUGUAUAAUUUGGGAGCCCGGAAAGUUAUAGUUACAGCGGUUGGACAAAUCGGGUGCAUACCAUAUGAGCUAGCUCGAUACGAAGGAAAUAGUAGCAAAUGCAACGAAGAAAUCAACAAUGCUAUCAGCCUUUUUAAUUCAGGCCUGAAAAAAAUGGUUGAUCGAUUCAAUAAUGGUGGACUUCCUGGUGCCAAGUUCGUCUACCUUGAUUCCUUCCAAAGCAGCAGAGAUCUAGUGCUCAAUGCAAAAGCAUAUGGUAAUUAAUUUUAUACUUUUAAUUUGAUGUAAAUAAUAAUAAUAAUUUUGUUAGAACUAUUUUUUCGCAACAGAAAGAAUUUAGCGACGUGAACUAACGAACUUUUCAAUAAUGGUAUUUCUACGAAACUGAUUAAAUCUUGCACUUGAAAUGUGAAAAUAAUUUAGGGUUUGAAGUGGUGGACAAAGGAUGCUGUGGAGUGGGAAAGAACAAUGGCCAAAUAACUUGUUUGCCUCUUCAACAACCAUGUGAUGAUCGGACAAAAUACAUCUUUUGGGAUGCUUUCCAUCCAACUGAGGUUGCAAAUAUAUUGCUUGCCAAGAAAGCCUAUAGUUCCAAGUCCAAAGCAUAUGCUUACCCGAUCAAUAUUCAACAGUUAGCCAUGCUUUAACAAAUUAGUUAUUUCUCAUGGCAAUAAUCAAUGUAUGGGAAAAGAAAUUGUUAUUUAUAUUUAUUUUUAUUUGAUUGGAGAUGAGCUAGCUAGGCUGGUGAUGAUGAGAUAUCAUCUUCAUUAUUUGUAAGGCGAUUUUAUUAUCAUUUUAAUGCUUUAAUGGAGUUACUUUAGUUUAAUAAAUAAGUGAGCGUUCAUUUUGAUUUAUCUUUGUUCUUUGUUCCCAUCUAUUAUACGGCAUGAAUUUACUUGUGACCACAAUGUUUAGG